UUUGCGUAGACGGCCCGAACAGCUAUCAGUCAUUGCUUUCCGAGGGGAGGAUCAGAGAUUGCCGCCGGGACGAGUUGAGACGAUCACGCCAUGGCCAGACUGAGCCCGGACCGUCCAAGAUCAUGGAUCCUUUGUCGCUCUCGACUGGGAACUUCGGAUGGUGCUUUUCGCUCUUGCGAGUCCGACGUGUUUUUGAACAGAUCUCAUCAGCUGGCUUCUGCCACCUGGGCGAGGUUACGUACUGAAAACAAGUCAAGGGAUGCUGAUUUCGGAUAUGAGAUCUUCGAUCUCGGCUCACAUGUAAGCACGGAGGAGACCUGCCCCAACACCGUUAAAAGACCCAACUUAGCUGGUAUAUUUCACAAGUUCCCACAACUACCUCUCGAAUUGCGUUUCUUCAUCUGGGAACAAGCUCUGUACCAGCUAGACGCUGAAGGGCAGCCACUGUUUGCCAAGCUCCCGCAAAUUUUGGAGAAGGAAGCUGCCAUACAAGAUGCGGUCGAAAACGCUACGGAACCUUCCGAACUUUUCGAAUCCUCAAAGCAUACGCCCAGCAAUUGCAAACAAUUUUCGAUACAUGGCACACCUUCAAUGCAUUUCGUUGAUGCUGAUAUUUGGCUGGCGUGUAAGGAGUCUCAGACGGCGUUGAAGAAGGCCAUCAAAGAGUGCGUACACAAAAGGUCCGUGAACAAGACGUUCAAAACCUCUGGCAGUCAGAAAUCACAAGGGACGUCAAAUGCGGACAGCAGCCCCACCGACGAAACAGACUCAUCAACAAUCGGUCAAAUUUGGCAAAAGAAAACAGAUGGAUGGGCAUCUGCCGUGACCUUCAACUGUAGACUCUUCUGCUAUCAGCUUUGGAAAGAUAGGGAGGCGGCCAUACCAAGGCCUCUUCGUUUCCCUUUCCAAGUCACCAGUCCCGAUCUCCGGGCAGAGUUGAUGAGAACCCGGCGUAUGGUCUUCGAGUAUGAUUACUCCUGGAUGUUCAACUCUUGUAGGGAGUCGGUGGUGUCUCUCAUGAACCAGAAAGAUAUCAGAGGCUACUUCUUGGAAGCUGUGUACAGCGAGGAUGAUGGCGGCCCGGCGCAAAUUUAUCUCAUAGACUAUGAUAUCUGCUUAAAGCCUGGUGCUCAGAUUCGUAAGUCUUAUAGCUGCGGCGACCGCAGGUUCAAUGAUUUCCACUACUCUGAUCUUGAUAUGGACAGAAGUAGGCCUUUGGGGGUUCUGGACUUCCUCGAAGAGGUCCAGGAUUGGGCACAAAAUUGGGUAGACGGAAAUGAUCCAUGGAUGACCGAUCCUUUGGUUACGCCCGGGCCAAGCUGA